AUGGUGGCUUUGGUAGCCGUGUGCAGGGUAAAGGUUAACUGCUUGUUUCGUAUUUUAUUGUUAGGCUCGUUAGCAGCGGCUCAAGAUCUUACGGAAGAUGAAGAAACAGUGGAAGAUUCUAUAAUUGAAGAUGAAGACGAUGAGGCAGAGGUAGAAGAAGACGAGCCCACAGAUUUGGCUGAAGAUAAAGAGGAAGAAGAUGUAUCUGGGGAGCCCGAAGCCUCACCGAGUGCAGAUACAACCAUCCUGUUUGUGAAAGGAGAAGAUUUUCCAGCAAAUAACAUUGUGAAGUUCCUGGUAGGCUUUACAAACAAGGGUACAGAAGAUUUUAUUGUUGAAUCUCUGGACGCCUCUUUUCGAUACCCUCAGGACUACCAGUUUUAUAUCCAGAAUUUCACAGCUCUUCCUCUGAACACUGUAGUGCCGCCCCAGAGACAGGCCACUUUUGAGUACUCUUUCAUCCCUGCAGAGCCCAUGGGCGGACGGCCCUUUGGUCUGGUCAUCAAUCUGAACUAUAAAGACCUGAAUGGCAAUGUAUUCCAAGAUGCUGUCUUUAAUCAAACAGUUACAAUUAUUGAGAGAGAAGAUGGGUUAGACGGAGAAACAAUCUUUAUGUACAUGUUUCUGGCUGGCCUUGGGCUCUUGGUGGUGGUUGGCCUUCAUCAGCUCCUAGAAUCGAGAAAGCGCAAGAGACCCAUACAGAAGGUAGAGAUGGGUACAUCAAGUCAGAAUGAUGUUGACAUGAGCUGGAUUCCUCAGGAAACUUUGAAUCAGAUCAUGCAGAGUAGAAGAGAUAAAGCUUCACCAAGAAGGUUGCCCAGGAAACGGGCACAGAAGAGAUCAGUGGGAUCUGAUGAACGCAGGAAGAGGGAGACGCACUGACAGUGAUGCGGGACCCGGCUACGCUGCCAAGGCUGCUACGGGAAGACCCUGGCGAUUCGUCCCUCCCUGCACCGUCUUGCUGUUCAUUAAACUUUGGACCCCUCAGCGGGACCCUUGGCUGGCUCCACGGAGAAGCCACCGCAGGGACGGUUGUGUGACCCAGGCUUGGUAGCGUUUGCAGGACAGCUGCUGUGCGUGACGUCUGAGUAGAGAUUUCCUUCUCUGGGUCCCCGUCAGUGGGAAGGAUGGACCCUGGGAUCUGCGGCCGAGUCCUCCUUCCUGCCUGCUCUGCCCCAUCACCCAGAUAGUGACCCAGGUGGGACGCCAGUCUGUGAUGUAGUGGCUGCAACACACCUGAGCAGCUUCUGGUGUCAUCGUUGGGGACCUCUGGAGAUGCGCCAGGUGGGGAAGUGUCCCCAAAAGGGCUGGCCACCAGGGUGCUGAGUAGGCCUGGGAGGAGGAGGGCUAGGCGCCAAGCUGAGUGAUGCUUUGGGUGAGAAUCAGGCCACAUGGUCCUUCCCCGCAUCCAGGCCUUCCCGCGUCCAAGGCCGGCUUCUGUGUGUUGGGCUCCUCAUGGGCUCCCAUGGCUCCUUGUGCUGACAUGAAUCGAGGUGAACU